AUUUCGUGUAAUUAUGUUUGCUAUCGCCAUGGCAAGGUCCUGUGCAGAUAAAUUAGCAUUUGCCAGCCUCAUCGUUUUUGUACUGACCUAUAAACUCGAAUAGCAUGUCGGAGACAGAUCCAGGCUUCCUUGCUGCUGUGGAGGAAGCUAAGCAGGGCUUCGGGGAGGGUGGUGUGCCAAUAGGAGCAUGCCUCGUCUCCAAGGACGGCAACAUCCUCGGCAGAGGACAUAACAUGCGUGUGCAGAAGGGGAGUGCCACAUUACACGGCGAGACCUCCGCGCUCGAAAACUCAGGACGCCUUCCGGCGUCCGCAUACGCCGGUGCGACGAUGUACACGACGCUCAGCCCUUGCGACAUGUGUACGGGCGCGUGCAUUCUGUACAAAAUUGCACGCGUGGUGAUUGGAGAGAACAAGAACUUCGUGGGCGGCGAGUCAUACCUGAAACAACGAGGAAUCGAGGUCGUGGUGCUGGAGAAUCAGGAGUGCAUUGGCUUGAUGAAGAAGUUUAUCGAGGAGAAGCCUCAUGUCUGGAACGAAGACAUUGGCGAACAGUGACCAUGAUUUGGAUUUUUCCCUAAUAAACUCUUUAUUUUCCACCUGCGCAUCUAUGUACUUCUUCAAAGAAGAACUUCAAGUCGUCAGGAUUGACGCCUGGUGUGAUUCCGUG